AUGCAUAUUUCAACACCUUCAAAAUUCGAAUAUAGCCAUCGUUCCGGUCAUUCAAUUCGAUUCAAGGACAAUUUGUUGGAUAAAUCACAUAAUGGCAAAGAAAGAAAAAACUUACCCAAAAAAUCGAAAAAAAAACAAUCACCAUCGAAACCGAAACAGAAAAACAAAUUGAAACUUAACAACAACAACAACAACAAAAUCGAUGCUAAAGAAAAUUAUUUAACAACGAUGAUGACGACGAAGAUGACGACUGAAGAAUUGGGCGUAUGUUGUAUGCUGAGCACACACACAACAAACUAUGUUGGUGGUAAAAACUGAAGCAAGAAACGAAAGAAAAAUAUU